CAGGUUUCCAGAACGAAUCCAUCCCAGUUCUCGCCGCCGAAACGCGAGAAAGAUCUCGGCCACCAUGUGGAGAGGCAGAGCAACGAUUAGCAUCUCGACGAAGCUCCUCCCCUCUCGCGGAUCAAACCCUAACCCUAACUCCAUCCCAAACUCCCCAUCUCCUCUCUCCUCUCUCGAUGAUCUACUCAUCGCAAGAAGUCGAAGCCUUCUCCUCUCUUCGCGGAUCCACUCCUCUUCGCACCAGCGAGUAGAUCGUAGAGAGGCGGUAGAGUUUCUCCGCCGCCGAGUCGUCUCCGGCGGUGAUCGGAUCUCCUGCGACGAGGAAGGCCACGUGUGUCUCCGACGCGCUCCGUCACUAUGGACGCUGCUAUUGGGAGCUAUCCAAAGCUAAACUUAGCAUGCUUGUUGUUGCAACAUCUGGAGCAGGCUUCGUUCUUGGCAGUGGCCACAUUAUAGAUUUUGCUGGGCUUUGUUGUACUUGUGCUGGUACUAUGAUGGUUGCAGCAUCAGCUAACUCUCUAAAUCAGGUGUUUGAGGUACAAAAUGAUGCUAAAAUGAAACGCACAAUGCAGAGGCCACUACCUUCAGGGCGUAUCAGUGUUCCUCAUGCGGCCACAUGGGCGUCUACUGUUGGGAUUGCUGGGACAUCUUUGUUAGCUUGGCAGACUAAUUACUUGGCAGCAGGUCUUGCCGCAUGCAAUCUUGGUCUUUAUGCUUUUGUAUAUACUCCGUUAAAACAAAUACACCCAGUUAAUACGUGGGUUGGAGCAAUUGUUGGUGCUGUUCCUCCAUUACUCGGGUGGGCAGCUGCUUGUGGUGAGGUUUCACUCAAUGCAAUGAUCCUUCCAGCUGCUCUGUAUUUUUGGCAAUUACCACAUUUUAUGGCACUUGCCUAUCUGUGUCGGAAUGAUUAUGUUACUGGAGGGUUUCGGAUGUUUUCAUUUUCGGAUGCUUCUGGUAGGAGAACUGCUUUGGUUUCUUUCAGGAACUGCCUUUAUCUGCUUCCUUUGGGAUAUUUGGCAUAUGAUUUGGGGAUUACUUCUGAAUGGUUCACUCUUGAAUCAUCACUCCUCACGCUAUGCAUGACAGCUGCAUCUCUAUCAUUUGUUAAUGAUCGAACGACAAAGAAUGCUCGAAGGAUGUUUCAUGCCAGUCUUCUGUAUCUCCCAGUCUUCAUGUCCGCGCUGCUGCUGCAUCGUCUACCAAAUGAUAACCAAGAAUCCAUGACCACUAAUUUGACUGGAGCUGAAGAAGGGCUUUUGAUCUCUGAGACUGGAGAGGUUCUUGGUGAUGAGAGUCACAGCAAUAACCGAAGGGCACAAGUGAAAGGUCUGAGUCGCAGUCAAGCACGCCCACCUGUCGCAUUUGCCUCUGUUGCUCCCUUCCCUUUCUUGCCAGCGCCUGUGUAUGUUGCCCCAGAUUCGUGAGCUGUAUUUGCAAUUUUAACUUAUUUCCAGCCUUACAUAGCUUUGUUGCUGUUUUAUAUAUAUCCUGUUUAUUGCUUCUUUUACACUAGGAGAAUGCCAAAUCUUUUGCCAAUGGCUGUUUUCUUUGAGCCUAGCAUGUAGAAAUAAGUCCUGAGGACAAGUGCCUGGACUAAAUAUGGGUGUCUACAGCACCUUUUGCCUUUUUCCCUCAAUCAAUUUUCUUCUUGUUUAUCCA